UGCUAAGAUACUUUAAAGCUUUCUAACAAAUGGAAAACUUGAUUAAUUUUGUCAAGUGAUGCUCAAGGUCUUGGUCAUUAUUUUGUGAAAUCUAAACUUUGGUGAGGUUUCGUAGGCAGUGAAUUUUAAAUUUAAACGAACGUAACCCCAAGAGGUAGAUUGUUUGAGGAGAAACCUGCUGCACUAAAUGAUUCUGAAAAGAGCCUACAGUGGCCAUGUCACCGGCAUAUAUCGUCGAAAUGCACACAUCCGUUCAUUUUCGUCCCAAGUUGAGGGUGGUAAUAUUACCGUAGCUGCCAAUGAGCUUAAAAAUGAUUACGAUAAAGCACUUCCUUACUCUAAAAUCCCCGGUCCGUCAGCAUUUACGUUUCUUAGAAAUGUUCUGCCCGGUGGAAAAUAUUUCGGGCAGGAACUAGCCGACAUUACUAAAGGGUAUAGAAAAGAAUAUGGCGACCUCUUCAAAUUUCCUUCCAUUUUUGGUGGCCUAGAAUUUGUUACGACACUCCGUCCGGAAGACUUUCAAACAUUGUUUCGAACUGAAGGUCAGUGGCCCAACCGCACUGAAUUGGAACUGGUAUCCUACUACAGAAUGAAAGUACGUCCUGAUAUUUUUGGUAAAUAUGCUGGAUUGGGAAAUGCCCAAGGUAAAGAGUGGGCAGAUUUUCGAUCAGCUAUUAAUCCUGUAAUGGCACAACCUAAAAAUACGAAAAUGUACAUUCCCAAAGUGGAUGUAGUUGCCGCGGAUUUUGUAAAGAGAAUACAUCAGAUCCGUGAUCCCAAAACAAAAGAAGUGCCUGACAACUUCGAAUUUGAACUCAAAAAGUGGACGCUGGAAGCAGUGGUGCUAAUCGCAACAGAUACACGUCUUGGGUUACUGUCAAAUGACUAUGAUAAAAGAAGUGCUGAGUUUUUCCAGGCGACAAAAGAAGUUUUUCGUCUCCUAGCAGAGUUGGAAUUUAAGCCAUCAUUCUGGCGGUGGUUUAGCACGUCUAACUUCAAAAAAUUGAUGAAUGCUUUUGACACCAUCACGAAUGUCAGUUGUGAAGUUAUUGAAGAAGCUAGAGUAAGGCUCAAUAGUAAAGCAAAAGAUUCAACGAGUGAGGACCAAAGUGUACUCGAGAAACUGCUUCAAAUUGAUCCACUCCUGGCAAAAGUUAUGGCCAUCGAUCUGAUUUUUGGAGGAGUAGAUACAACAUAUUCAGCGGUCACCAGCCUUCUAUACUUACUCGCCAAAAAUCGGGACAAACAGGAGAUUCUUCGCCAAGAAAUUAUGACAAUAUUACCCAAUAAAGAUUCUCUAUUAACUGCUGAUAACAUGAAGCACUUGCCUUAUUUACGAGCAUGUAUUAAGGAAAGUCUAAGAAUUCUACCCACUAUCGCUGGAAAUGUUCGAGGAGCUGGCCAGAAUAUAGUUCUACAAGGAUACCAAAUUCCUAAAGGAACGGCGGUGUUGAUGGCAUCCGAUAUUUUACAAAAAGAAGAUAAACAUUUUCCGAAUGCCGACAAAUUUAAUCCGGAACGAUGGCUGAAAAAAGAUGGUGCCCCAGCUCCUGCUAAGUUAGCACAUCCAUUUAUUUUCCUACCAUUCGGAUUUGGUCCUCGAAUGUGUGCUGGAAAGCGUUUCGCGGAGAUGGAAAUAGAAACACUCACAGCGCGAAUAAUCCGGAAUUUUCAAGUUGAAUGGAAUCAUCCAGAUUUAAAGUUCACUUUUACUUCCGUUAAUGUACCAAUAAGUAAAUUAUUGUUCACCUUCAAGGAUAUAAAUAAUUGAUGAAUUUUAUUUAUUUAAAACUUUAUCAAACUUCAA